AAACGAAACUGUCUGCCAAAGUUGACAGCACUGCUGGUCGGGGGUUUUAAUCACUUUGACAGGAGGGCACGGAGAAGUCUUGUGGUAAAAAAUGGAAAGUGGUGCCUACGGGGCCUCGCUGGCCGGCGGUGCCUUUGAUUUCGCGAGUUUUAUAAGGCAGCCUCAAACCAUAUUGCGCUUCUUGAGCUGGAUAUUCUCCAUUGUGGUUUUUGCAACUAUCACAGCAGAGGGUUACAUUAACAAUAUCAAACAAGACAGUGCCAAAUGCAUGUUCAACGACAAUGAUAGUGCCUGCAGUUAUGGGGUGGCAAUCGGAAUCCUGGCCUUCCUGGCGUGUGUCAUCUUCAUCAUCUUGGAUGCCUACUUCCCUCAGAUCAGCAACGCCAAAGAGAGAAAGUACAUUGUCACUGGGGAUUUGGUCUUCUCUGGAGUGUGGGCCUUCCUGUGGUUCAUCUGUUUCUGUGUCCUGGCCAACCAGUGGUCCAAAACCAAUGACACCAAAGCCAUUGCCACUGAUGCUGCUCAAGCUGUUGUGGCUUUCUCUUUCUUCUCCAUCAUCACCUGGGCUCUGCUGACUUACUUUGCCUAUGGAAGAUAUCGCCAAGGUGUGAGUGAUUUUGCUCAGGACUACAGAGACCCUGCAAGUGAUCAUACAACUCCAUACCCACCCUCCACAUACCCCACUGGUGUGCCAGAGGGCUACCAGCAGUCGCCCUUCAGCCAUAGUCAAGAGCGUCCUGGAGAAUACCAGCCUCCAUCAUACUAAAGGACUGGGAUUGGAAUAUCAAACCAACAGGGGAUUUUUUCCAUUAAGAGUUACCAUGGUUAAUUUGCAAUUCAGACUGUUCUCUGCACUCCAUGCUGAUUUUUUUUUUUUUUUUGUUCCAAAAAAAAAACAAAAAAAAAAAAAACAUUUUUAAUGCUUUGUGUUUUGCAUAUACAAGGGUGCACUGACAUGUUUUCAGUUUGUACUAUUGUUGUAAUUUGGUAUGUGGUGGAUGUUUGCAGUCCACAAGCAAAGAACGGCACAUGGCAAGCAAAAGUAUAAAUAUAGUAAAAUAUUAUGUUAGAAUGAGAUUAGCUUUGGUAAAAGAGAGAUGAUGACAAUGUGCCAUGCAUAUCUACACCAAAAGAACUGUAGUCAGUUUUCCCCCUCUUGUUUUAUUCUUCAUAGAAGUGUUUUUGCUUGCAGUUAUUAGAGAGUUGUUGAUAUCAAAGCACUAAUCAUCCAGUGGUUGAGGAUAAAUUGUGUUGCAGGAGACACUGCUUUGCUUUGCAAAGAUGAGUGCUUAAACAAUGGACAGGUUUAUUUUUUUCUUGUGAAUGCUUUGUUACUGUCCAGUGCAUAAAAACAUGUUUUCAUUAUUAAUUUCAUAUUAAUUUGAUAAGUUCAUAAUUUUGGAAUACACUUCCUCAAAAUUCUUUUUACUUUUUUAUUUUAAUGACACAACAAACCCAUCUGUUAUUUAAUCAAUGGGUGCAUUGAAAAUGUUCCCUUAAAAACUACUGUAGGCUGCUGCCAUAGAUAUUGUAAUUGACCACUGAACUUAAAUGGGCUUUUGUGCACUGAAAACCACACAAAUUGCUUUCUUUGGGGCAGUUGAUUGCAUAUUUGUAAUGCAGUCUAACAUGCUCUAUCUGAAUGUGUUUCAGUUAGAUACUGCCACAGUUUAAUGUAUAUACAGGUAUAUUUUAUUGUGUAUUAAGGUGGCCCAUCCUAUACAAUGAGCUUUAUAUCUGCUACCUCUGCAAAAGUUAAGUGUUCCUUCAGGAGUUUUGCAGCUCUAUAAUAUG